GUAAAUAUAGGUUACUUACCAAGCAUACUGAUCUCCACUGUUUGCCCUUUUCUUCAGUUUCAUGCCAUGAUGACAUAUUCUGCAUUUCACUUUAGUUUUUAGGAGUUUCUUCUUUUGAAGCCACUUUAUAAGCUUCAGUGUGUUUCUUUUCGGGUCAUCAUUAAUAAGCUUUUUUAGCUUUGUGAACCUAGUCAUUUUUUGCAAAAGAUUUGCUUUUAAAUGGUAGUGGUUUGCAAUCCAAUAGUCUGCUCUGCAAUUUGCCGCUCUGCAAAGUUCCCUCAGUGGGCCCGCGUUCAUACGUCAUCAACGUGCGAUCAAGAAAACGACCGCCAAAGUUAGACAGCCGAAGCAUGGACAACGUCGAAAAAAAUAAAAAAGGGAUGCGGACCCGGGGCAAAAAGAAAACCGAGGGCAUGAACACAUUGGAGGAGAUACCUGUCAUUAGUGGUUCUGCCAUGGCACCUACCGCACAGCUGGGACUUAAGCAAAAAUCCAAUGAGUUGGAGAUGUUUAAGCUGAGGGUAGAGUGGCAAAAGGAGAAGAUUGCUGAGCUGACUAAGGAGAGAGACUAUCUCAAAGACCAGUUGGCAUCAGCUCUCAAAAAGGAUGACAAAGGUUCCAUCAAGGAAAUAAACUUGUCUUCAGAUUCUUCUGGUGACAGCCCAGUGGAAUCUUCCUCUGAUAUGUCUGAUUCCUCCUCGUCCUCAUCAGAGGAGGACAAGAUAAAAAAGAGAAAGAAGAAGGGAAAAGGGAAAAAAUAUAGGAAGAAGUCAAAGAAAAUCAAACCAAAGACACGGCAGAGAGCCCAAACUCCAGACCAGGUGGUGGACCGGUACAAAAGAAUUCUUAGAAAGUUCAGUAAAGGAGGGACCAUGUCUGCUGCUUUCAAGCAUGUUGGAGUAGACAGGAACACGGUGGUGGUCAAUGCUCCAAUCGCAGAGCUGUUCAUUGCUGCGCCUGGCAAGUACAAGGAAAUCCUUAAAAACCACAAUAAUGUGAAGAAACUCAGCGUGUUUGCCACACAGUGUGCCACUGCUAUUCAGGAGGACCAAGGAAUAGAGGACACAAUCACAGCCUAUAAGGCUUCUGGAAAGCUUCUGCCCCUAAAAAAAAAGUGAGCUCUGAUGCUGGGGUAGGAGAUCUAUUCUAAAGUUGUUUUAGUUACAUUUUGACAUUGAAAGAUUUUAUAUUAUUAUUUUAUGAAGAUUUUAUUUGGCACCUCUACUGGUAAAUUUGUAUUCAGCCAUGGGUGUUUAUACUUGAAAGAAAUGUAUUCAAUUUAUUUUAUUAUAUAUUUGUACAUGGUGCAUUUUAUGAACAGUUCUACAGUUUAUGCAGCCGUGUUUUGUCUUUUUUUAUUAACGAAUGGCUGACAUGUUUUGUAAUAAAUAAUUGAUAUGUUGUAUAUCACUUUAUGUUGUCUUUUUCCUUUUUCUGUUCAGAAAAUAACUGAUUUGUGUUACAAUAUCAUUUGUAAAUGCUUAAUGAGGCAUAGAUAGUCCUCACUUUAGAUGAGCUCUCACUAAGUCCUUACUAAAUGGUAGUUAAUGCUUUGUAACUACCUGAAUUAAUCAUGAAAUACUUUAUUAACAAAUGUCUAGAGAAUAUCUAUUGCCUUUAGAUUUCAUUUGUAAAUGCUUAAUGAGGCAUAGAUAGUCCUCACUUUAGAUGAGCUCUCACUAAGUCCUUACUAACAGUUAGUAAAUGCUUUGUAACUACCU